GGCGCCGGCGGUGAGGCAGAGACGAGCACCCGCGCCCGCGCGCCGCUUCAGCGAGGAGGUGCUCGCCCGCCGGCCCGACGAGCGCCGCACCUCAUUGCAGCCGGCUCCCUCGUAUAAAGCGGAGGCCCGCGCCGCCCGCGCGCAGUCACGACCCGACCACGCUCCGUGCACUCCGACCUCGCACGUGCAUAUCUAUCCUUACUUACGUACGAUAUAGUGACUACAGUGACAAUGGCAGAACAGGAAUGGGGAUACACAGGCGAGAAUGGCCCCUCGACAUGGACGGAGAAGUUCCCGGAGGCGCGGGGCGCACGGCAGAGCCCCGUGGACAUCGACACCUCGCUGGCCAGCAGCGGCGGCAGCGCGCCGCCCCUGGCCUGGCGGUACUCCGUCAACCACACGCGCUCGGUCGUCAACCCGGGCUACUGCUGGCGGGUGGAUGAGAACGGAUACGAUUCAGAACUCCGCGGCGGCCCGCUCGGCAACGACGUGUACAAACUGCAGCAGUGGCACUGCCACUGGGGCGCCAAGAACGGCGUGGGCUCAGAACACACGGUCGACGGCCGGUCCUUCUCGGGAGAGCUGCAUCUCGUGCACUGGAACACCACCAAGUACAACAGCUUCACCGAGGCCGCCGGGCAAGCGGACGGGCUGGCCGUGCUUGGCGUGCUCUUGAUGGUGGGCAGAAAGCACCCCGAGCUGGACAAGGUGGUGCGGUUGCUGCCCUUCAUCCGGCACAAGGGCGACAAGGUGACGAUGUCGGACCCGCUGGACCCGGCGCAGCUGCUGCCCGCGCGAGCCGCCUACUGGACCUACCCCGGCUCGCUCACCACGCCACCCUGCACCGAGUGCGUCACCUGGAUCCUGUUCAAGGAGCCCGUCGAGGUUUCCGCCGAACAGUUGGCUCUGAUGCGUAAGUUGCGGUGCGGCGAGGCCUCGUGCGGAGAAGAGGCUAUGGAGUUGCUCCACAACUUCAGACCCACGCUGCCACUGGGCAACCGCGAGCUGCGCGACUAUGGCGGCAACUAGCACCGGCCCCCAGCCCCACUGUCCCCGCUGACAGCUAGCUGUAACUCACGAGCUUCGCCUAUAGUUGCCGCGGUACCAACGGACGACUGCGCACAUAAUGCCAUUUCUUUCACUCUUGCAUUAUCAUGUACAAGAGCGAAAGAGCAUUAAAGUUACAACGUCGAUCGGCAGCUAUUACCGCGGCUGGUACCAGCAGUGCCAUGCCCGCGAGAAGCAGGAUGCACUAGAGUUCCUAGUUGCACACAAGUAUUUUAUACCGUUGUAUUAUUAUAGUCGCCUCAGGUACUUACAGGGUGUUUUGUCCGCUCGGUGACGACGGAUUAUAUAUAUGAGCGGGUCGAAGGUUAAAACGAUAAGUGGAAAUCAUAUUAUGAACAUUCAAGUGCCUUAGGCUAUCAGUUGUAAUCUUAACAAAAUAAUUGUAAGAUGUUUUAGAAUUCUCAUUUUAUGUAAGAUUGAUUUGUUUGUAAUUGACCUUCCUUAGAAGGAAAACGCAUGGUUAGCGCAAUUAACCGGUAUAUUCUAUAAAUUCUAUGUAUUUAGUAUAAGCUAGAGGUAAAGGUAUCAUCAAAUGGAGUAAAAGGGGACUAAAACGACAAGGGAUUAAAGGAAAGGAAUUAAAUAGUCCCAAAUUACAAUGAAUGAAAAACGCUGCACCUACUUUAUAUACCUAUUUGAAUCUAGCACCUUUCCUUUGUAAUAAGUAUUUGCUAUUGUCAAAAUGUCACCUUUUUUUAAAAUCCUUAUUACUCCACUUGAUGGUAUUUACUGGCAAAGAAGGUAUUAGCUACAUUGGUAACUGAACAGAGCUUUUAUCACAUUUACCUACACUGACUGUUACAGAGUCUCAUUAGAUUGGCUUAAUGGUAGCUACAACUUUACUAGAAUUUAUAACUUUAUGGUUAUAGAAAUACAAAUUGUGAUGACGUUAUUUUUGUAUAAACAUUUCAAGUAGGUACCUACUUAACUAAAUGCCUACUAGUCCAUAUUUUUGAACGCUGUUAACCAUAUUUAUGUAUCAGUGCUAGAAGUAAUUUUACAACCUUGUAAGUGAUAUAAUACGUGCAUUAAUUGUUAUAUGUAAUUAUGUAAGUAGCUAUAGUAAGUAUGCUAGAACUGUGCCUCGACAAUGGCCCAUUUACACGAUGCGAGAACACGCAUGCGAGUUUCAUUCGCAAUGUAUUUGGUGUGUUGAAUUAUUUUUAACCUCAAAAGUGCGCAAUGUAAUUAAAAUCGCAUGUGAUUUCGCGCGCCGUCUAAACGAGCCUUAAAAGUGCCGCAGUUAUAUUAACUGUGACGCUAGUGAGUUUACAUUAGACUUGCUAUUCAGAGAUGUGCUUGUAAUAAUUUACAAAAAAAAUAAAAAUAUAUAUGUUACACUUAA